ACUUCAGCGUGCCGGUGAGCCUUCAUUCUCGUUAAGCCUUUGGAGCCUACACGUGCAGUUGAGGUCCAGUAUCCCUAUAGAUUGUCGUCAAUACUUGGGAACGAGGGUAUGGCUGACCUGGAAGCAUCUAGUAUGGCGCUAGAUCCUGGGCAUCGAGAGACCCAGCAGCCCACGCGCCAUGAGUCGCCGUACUUUGAAGAUGGCGAUCUUGUUGUCCGUGCUGCAAACGAAGACGCGACACUGGCCGUCUUCAGGGUUCACACCGCAAUUCUCGGACGGUUCUCGCCAGUCUUCCGCGACAUGCUCUCUUUCCCAUGGACGACGCAGGAAGAGAGGCGUACGAUGGAAUACCGCUCGUUCAUCUACAUGAUGAUGCGAAGUAUGUCGCACAUUUGAUGGAGUCUCUGUAUAACCCCGGAUUUCCAAUAUUCGAGAACUUGAAUACUGAUUUUCCUGUGAAUGCAUGGGGUCUUAUGAACCUUGCGACGAAGUACCAGGUCGAUUCUCUCUGCAAACGAAUCGCGAAUCACCUAGAACAACAGUGGCCACAAACACUGGAAGCCUAUGUUCAGGCGCAGCUGACCAUACGGAAGGCGUAUGGCUCUCAAUGGAUGCUCAAAGCACCUCUUAACCCCGGCGGUGUGUUGUCCGAGCGUUCGAUCUACCUAAGCUUCCCUGAACCAGGGGCGGCUAUCCGCUUGGCGACCGACUUCGAUAUCCCUUCCAUUCUCCCUGCCGCAUUCUACUCGCUGUCCACCUCAGGUCCCGCGAGGGACUGGGAAUCUGCGCGGGAUAUCGCAUCUCAUUCCCUCACCACGCGUCCUGCGAGGUGGGAACUCCUGAACGACGAUAAUCUCCUCCGUUACUAUCGAGCGAAGUAUUCGUUGAAAAAGAAGCUAGCCCAGCUGUCGAAUGUGCUCCGUGACAUCUUCAGCGAUCGUGGCGACAACCCGUGCACCGGAGAGUCGCCUUAUACGAUUGAUGAUAAUGAAAUGACAUUGUCACCAUGUAUAACCAUCGUACUCAAAGUCAUCGAGACCGGGAUGCGCAGCAAGGCUGAAGAUACAAGCGAUGCUCUGGGUGUCGUACAGGGUGCAGACCCCUUGAUGAAGCUUUUCGACCUGACGGCGGACGUCGACAACUGGGAGCUGUGCAUGCGAUGCGCGGAUGCCGCCAAGAAGCGGCUUCUGGAGCGAAUGCACGCUUUGUGGAACGAGUUGCCGGAAAUCUUCAACCUUGGAAGGCUAUAG